AUGAGUAGCAACUUUUAUCGUCUAAACAAAGAAGAGUUUUCCGUCUCAUGGCAGUGCCCGUCCUGUAAUAAUGUUACUUCACGGCGACACAAAGGAGACGAAACACCUGUACGAUUACUCCACGAGACUAACAUGUCAUGUGAUGGGUCUGCCCUGGAUGAGAGCAUAACCUCGCUGAGCACAUCUAUGUUACAAUCUGAUCCUAUAAUGAACAAAUUGCCAUCAUCAUCAACGUCUUUCUCUCUGGACCAACUGGCGGCACUGCUGGACAGCAAACUUAACGGCUAUAACACUCAGAUAUUGGCAAAGUUAGAACAAAACAAAGCUGAGAUUUUGAGUCUUGUCAAAAUGGAACUUCACAAUUCAAUCGAGAUGGUGAAAUCUGAAUUCACUGCAACUACUGAUUUUUUGUCUGACCAAAUUAAUCACUUGAAUGGUAGCAUCGAUGAGAUCGCCAAGAAGGUAAAAAAUCUUGAACAGGAGAAUGUAAGCCUAGUUUCUCAACUAGGCAAGAUUGGGAAUAAGUUGGGAACCAUACCCGAAGUAAAUGAUACUAUUACAAAAUUGCGGAACGAGUUAAAUGAACGUGAGCGUGAAUUUUUAUUGAACGACGUCGAGUUAACAUGCAUACCCGAGUUUCAGGGAGAAUCUUGUGUGCAUAUUGUAGUAACUGUUGCCUCUAAAUUGGGAAUUGAUAUCACUGAAAAGGAUAUCGUAGUAGCAGCAAGAGUGGGGUCGCGCGGACAGCCUCAGGAUAAGAAGCAGUCGUAUGCGGGAGAUAGCGUGGGGGGUGACGUGCGGCCGCGGCCCGUGGUGGUGCGAUUUACCCGUCGCGCUAUCCGUGAUGAACUGCUGCGGCAGUCUCGCGUGCGUAGAAAUGCAAGUACGAGUGAUCUCGGCCUUCCUCAUCAUACACCAAGAAGGUUCUAUAUUAAUGAGAGACUGACCAAACUCAACAGAAUCAUAUUUGCCAAAACACUUCAGGCAUCCCGUGGUGCUAAGCCCGAUAGUUGGAAAUUUGUUUGGACAAAGGGAGGAAAGGUGUUUGCUAGGCGCACGGCUUCUUCAUCUGUAUAUAAAAUAAUCAGCCUCAGUGAUAUAGUAAGAGUUUUCGGCCUUGCCUCAGCUGUCUCUGAUGCCAACGAUAAUUCAAGCCAGCGAUUGUUAUGA